AAAGCCCAAUUAAAUUAGCCUCGUUCGGCUCUCUCUGUAAAUCUUCAGCUUUUCAUUCGCCGGCUUCGCCGUCUGCCCCGGUUUUCCGCGGCGGUUGAAGGCCUUUAUUUUGCUCCGCGCUCCGGCGAAGCGACGUCUUUCAAAGUAUGAGCAUGAUAGGUAUUUACGAUUUUUUCUUCCCUGAUUUCGAAGUUCUAGAUGGAAUUGUUUGCCGUUCGGUUUCUGAAACUUCCCGGCUCCCUUUGAGUCGAACUCGAACUUAUGAUUGAAGGGGCGCAAUCGGAGAGAGGAGAUGAGAAAGUAUCAUUGGAGUUGACGGAAGAGAUCCUCAAGAGUAUGGAAAUCGGCAUGGUCUUCAGAGACUAUAGCGGAAGAAUCAGUUCCAUGGACUUCCAUAAGCCGUCGAGCUACUUGGUGACUGCUAGCGACGACGAAUCCAUUCGCCUUUAUGAUGUUGCGAGUGCAACAUGUUUGAAGACAAUUAAUAGCAAGAAGUAUGGUGUUGAUCUGGUUUCCUUCACUUCUCAUCCUACAACCGUUAUAUACUCCUCGAAAAAUGGAUGGGAUGAAUCUCUUCGGCUCCUCUCACUGAACGACAACAAGUAUUUGCGAUACUUUAAGGGUCAUCAUGACAGGGUUGUAUCACUAAGUUUCUGCUCUCGGAAAGAGUGUUUUAUAUCAGGUUCUCUGGAUAGAACUGUGUUGCUUUGGGAUCAACGAGCUGAAAAGUGUCAGGGCCUUUUGCGGGUUCAAGGACGACCUGCAGCAGCAUAUGAUGAUCAGGGACUUGUUUUUGCCAUUGCCUUUGGAGGAUUCAUCAGAAUGUUUGAUUCUCGUAAAUAUGAAAAGGGUCCUUUUGAAAUCUAUUCUGUUGGCGGAGAUACUUCGAAUGCAAAUGCUGUAAAGUUCAGCAAUGACGGCAGACUCAUGCUUCUGACAACCAUGGAUGGGAAUAUACAUGUCCUCGAUUCAUUCCGUGGAACAUUGCUAUCCACGUACAAUGUAAAGCCAGUUUCAAGAGAUUCCACAUUGGAAGCAUCUUUCAGCCCCGAUGGAAUGCAUGUUAUAUCAGGCUCUGGUGAUGGAAGUGUACAUGCUUGGAGCGUAAGGUCUGGGCAGGAGGUAGCGAGUUGGAUGACUUACGAAACAGAACCCCACGUCAUAAAAUGGGCUCCUGGAACACUUAUGUUUGCAACUGGGUCUUCAGAGCUAUCGUUUUGGAUUCCAGAUUUGUCAAAACUGGCUGCUUAUGUUGGGAGAAAGUAGAUCCUGUAGAUAUAAAUAUCAUCAUUGGUUUAUUACUGAAUUGAAACUCAUGACAGAAGCCUUGUUUGCUGCUGGGUCUAUAGUGUCACUAACGACUAGCUAAUGCAAUAUAGUUAGGUAGUAUAACUCGAUUGAUGAACCCAAAUGAACUCGAUGUAUUUACGGAAGAAGGAUAUAGAGGUUAGUAUGGCUUUGUGUGAUCUGGAGGAAGGAAAUGGAAAUGGUAUGUAGCUCAAUACUUCCGGUAACAUGAUUUCCUCAGCCUUAGCGGUGCAUAGUUAAAGAGCGGUAUUGUAGAACACGAGUAGCACAC